GCGGACGCAGACCAUGGGAUACUGUGCCAUAGGCGCACGCGCCUCAUAUGAUCAUGCAAAUAAUGGAAUGCACGAAACGAAGCAUGAACCUUUGUCCACAAAAGUUGGUUGAAUUGUUUUCGUUGACUCUGAUCCUCGUCGAACCUUAUUAAUAUUUUAGACUGAUAACAAACUGUUAGAGUGUUAUUAGAGACAUUUUGACAUCUUGUGCACCAUAAACUUUUACUGAAAUGGGUAAAACGAAAGACAUAAGUUCAGACGAAGAUAUGACAUUAGAAACGAAUGAAGCAUCACCACAGAAGCGACAUAAGAAACAUAAGCAUAAAAAGCAUAAAAAGAAGAAAACUACUCAUGACAAUGAUAGUUUUAAUGAUGCUCCUGAAACAGACAAAAAGAAAACAUUUAGAGUCAAAGUAAAGAAGGACGAUGAUAAGAGUGUCGAGAAACCACGUGAAAAAGUACAAAAGACACUUAAUCUCAGCAUUGCAGGCUCAAGUACAGCACCAUCGCCAAAAGCUACAACAAAGAAAAAAGUUCCAAAGAGUAAUAAAGGUAAAGACAGUGGCACUAGCAGUGAAGAGGAACGAUGGCUCGACGCAAUUGAAUCUGGGAAACUAGAAGAGGUUGAUGAUGAGCUAAAAAAAAUUAAACCUAAAGAUCCAAAGUUAAUGACAGCACGUCAACGAGCUAUGUUUGAAAGGAAAACUGAUGCCGAACCGAAUCCUGCUGUUGAACAACUUAUGUCUUUACCAACUGGAUAUAAAGAAAAAGUUAUGACAGCCGAAGCUAUACAAAAAGCUGCCCUCAAGUCAUUAAAAAGAAAACAGCUUGCUGAUGAAAAAAGAGAAAAGGAUAAGAAAAAGACAAUGGAAAGAUUAUUGAAGAAACAGGAAUCCAAAGCAUCUAAAGUUAUUAGUAAAGGGAAGCCUUCUAGGAGACAAGUUCCUCUAGUUACAUAUCGUUUAACGCUCGAAGGGAGUUCAAUAUCAUUACCGCCUGGAGAAGAUUUUCCAUUGCAAGCUGCAAAAGAGAAAGAACCAUCAGCGAAAAUUCUUUGCGGCGUUAAUCAGUGCAAGAAUCCGAAAAAAUAUUCGUGCUCAAGAACUGGAGUACCACUAUGCAGUUUGGAAUGUUAUAAAGCUAAUCUAGCUAUAGCUACAUAACAUACGUAUUAGAUUAUUAAUAAUCUUGACAAUCCAACCUGACGCGUUCCAUCUAACAAUUUAUAGCAUAGUUUGUGAACCACCGAGGUGCUGGACCACGCUGGAUUUAACGUAUUAAUACAAUCUUUUCUCUCAGCAAUCUUAAUUAAAUCGGGAUUAAUAGCAUUUCCCGAACUCAUCAGUAUUAAUGCUACACAUUGAUCUUUUACAUGUACAUACAAUUAUAAAAGCCACUUCGAUCUUAAAGCUCUCAGAAUAACAGCUGGUUCGUGAAUACCUUUGUACAUAUUAUUAUGUAAUUAUUUUCUUGUUAUAUGCAAAAAAAGUUUAUGUAAAUGU